AUGAGUGCGACACCACGACCGAAGCGCAAGGCCCCCAAGCUCGAUUCAGGAAUCAAUGGACUUAUUACAGCAUGUAACAAGAAUGACCGCUUCAAACUCUUAGAUGAUACUACCAUUUCCCCAGGAGACUUGGACAACCCUAUCCAUUCUGUGUUUUCCAAGUUGGACAGCGUAGGGCCGAUGAAGCAGAUGCUGCAGCUGGCAUCGCAUUUCCUUACCCACGAUACACUUUUAUCCUUCUUCAUACCCUUAUUGUACGGUCGUGAACUCAAAGGUGUCGUCAAUGGCGCAUAUAAAUCCUAUCUUUCAAACCCUCUAGCUAGUGCGUCCGGAGAAAAGUAUCGACUAUAUCUAGCUGGUGUCCGUGAUGCGUUGGAAUGUCUCAGUCACAGCGUUUCAUUUCAUUUUGUGCCACCUGUAAAACGGGUGUAUGCACGCACUCUAAAAGAAGACGAGCCAUCAAUUCACAGCACAGAGUGUUAUUCCCUAUUCCAGCGAAAAUAUUCUUGCAAGAUUGAGUUGGCGGAUUACUUUAAAAGCUAUUAUACUGGCGGUGAAUAUGCCGCAGCGUCUCCAUGUGCGCAGUUUCGUCACGACUUCCUUUUUGCCACUACGCUUGUACAUGAAGUAGUCCAUGCCAUCGGUGUGCUGCGGCGAGGCAACCUUGAAGAACCAUACAUUCGAACUGAUUGCCCAGAUACCGAGUGGGGGUAUGGCUGGGAGCAUUUCAUGUUUGGUUGCGUAAUUAAUCCUCAAGAUAGAUCCAAGCCUGGGACACAUCUUCUGAUGCGCAAAAUAUGGGCAGAUCCGAAAGCAGCGGAAGAGGCUGGAGGCAAAGAGUACUCAGAUGUUUCCAUGUCUUACAUUGCGCAGUGGUUUCGCAAAGACACAUGGGACAUAGUUCGUAAGCAAGGACCAGCUGUGAUUACUGCCCCCAUUACCCAUUUUAAGAUUCAGUCUUCAAACAAGCUCGGUGCUUGGGUAGUUAAGAGCGAUUGCUCAGAAAUCAUAGAUGAUUUGAUUGAGCUACAUGAACAAUGGGAAAGGCGUGCUAUAACGCCCGGCCCUGUGUUAGGUUCUCCAACAACACGUAAUGGCCGUGUGCAAUGCACAAAGAUUCUAUGGCAGUUCAUGACUCCCAAGCAGCUCCAGAAACACAAUGUGCCUAUGCCGGUUCGUGCACCGCAAAGCAUACAAAGUCCUCUACCGUGCUUCCAAAAUCACACCAAGAGCCAGCUAGCAAAGUGCAAACAUAUGCACACGGCACUUGCAUCCGAUAAAAAUGAUACUAAACUCUACAAAACCCUUGAUUCGAAUUGCCGUCCCACUCGAAAGCGGCGCGCAGAUCUAAUGGAAGAAUGUAGCCAAGCUAAGAAGGUUAGAAAGUUGGAAACAGGGAGUUAA